AGUGGUCUGAGACUCAAAUACUCGAAGUGUUUCAAAUCCAAAGUAGUUGAAUGGAGACUUUCUGUUUUUUACUUAAGCGUAUGUUGCAGGAGCCAGAAGUAAAAAUAAACAAACUGUGGAGGGAGCAGAAGCCUGAAUGACUAGUGAAGCUAUGUCGAUUGUUGUGGAUGUCACUAGCGUAUCAAAUAAGGUAGCUCAAGAUGAAAAUCUGAAUGGGAGUUCGAGUACGAGCACUGAUCAAGAUGAAAACAUCUAUGAGAAAAUUAAGAAGGCGGCUCAAGACGGGGAUAUAGAGAGACUCUACGAAAUGAUAGCAGAAGAUCCGAACAUUCUAGAUCACUUUGAUAGAGUGCCUUUUUGCGAGACGCCACUACACAUUGCAGCUGAAAAAGGAAAAACACAUUUUGCCAUGGAAUUAAUGACCCUGAAGCCGUCCCUUGCUUCAAAGCUAAACGUGUCAGGUUUCUGCCCGAUUCAUUUAGCUCUACAAAACAACCAUAGCCGAAUGGUGAGAGGUUUUGUAGCACUCGACAGCAGCUUAGUCAGCAUCAAGGGAAGAGGAAGGGUUACUCCUUUGCAUCACGUUGCUCGAAUGGGUGAUGCAGAGUUGUUGAGUGAGUUCUUGUUUGCUUAUCCUUCUUCCAUUGAAGAUCUAACGAUUAAGUGUGAGACAGCUGUGCACGUUGCCGUGAAGAACCACCAGUUGAUGGCAUUUAAGGUUCUAUUGGGAUGGCUCAAGAGAGUAUACAAGGAAGAAAUCUUAGAGUGGAAAGAUGAAGAUGGUAACACCGUCUUCCAUAUUGCUGCAUCUAUAUAUAAUACUGAGAUGAUAAAGUUGCUGUGUAAAACUGCUAAAUUAAAAGCCAAGAACUUGGAUGGCAAAACUGCUAUGGACAUACUACAAACUUACCAAUCUCCUUGCUUUCCUAAAGGAAGAAGACUUCUCCACAGUGUUAAAGAAAGACUACUUUCUGGUUCCACAACGACUCUUGCAGAAUACUUGAGAAAAAAUCUAACGUUUAUGGAGAAACGAAACAAAUUCUUGGGGAUGAGCAACUUAAGCUCAAUUCGAGAGAGGUCUCUAAAGAAUAGCAAACGAAACGAUGCAAUACUUGUUGUUGCUGUACUGAUAGUAACAGCUACUUACCAGGUUGGUCUCAGUCCUCCUGGCGGAGUUUGGCAGGAAAGUUCAUCAAAUCCUACCACCGCUAAGAAUGUUCACCACGCUGGACAGAUGACCAUGUCUUUUAACAUGGCCUUAUUUUUUCUUGCCUUCAACGGAUUUGCUUUCCUAUCAUCUCUCUAUGUGAUCAUACUCCUCAUAAUUGGACUCCCAAUGUGGAAGUUGAUUUAUGGGUCAGUGGCGGUUUUAAGUGUCGCUAUGUUAGCAUCAUACGCUACUAUAUUCCCAACUCGAUACAGCCAAUUGGAAGGGAUAUCAGCGAUCACCUUUAUCAUGGCCUUUCGAUUGAUGAUAGCAACCAUGUUGUGUGCUACUUUCGUGGCAUUCACUAUUGAUAAAUGUCGCAGGCACCGAGUGGACUUCCCAGCAAGCUGCUUCUGCUCAUAG